AUGGCGGAAGCACAUCACCAUCAUCACCAUCAACAUGAUGAGGCUAACAACCUGUCUCACGACCAGCGGAACUUGGCACAUUGGGACAAAGUAGCCAAAACCUAUAAUUCGGAUCACACGCAAAAAGCUUUCGGAGACCUCAUCAAUAAAGCGACGGAAUUUGUCUUGGCCAAUAUAUCUUCCAUUGGGAUCGAUUUCAUUGAGCUGUCGUCAACUUUUGAAGGUUCAGAUAUCAAUAAAGCUCGGAAGACUGUCAAAGUCUUGGAUUAUGCCUGCGGGCCAGGCACAAUCACAGCCAUCUUGGCCGGGCGGGCAACCGAAUUCAUCGGGAUUGACCUCAGUCCUAAUAUGGUCAAUGAGUAUAAUGAGCGCUUCGCUGCUCAGGUUGAUGGUGAAAAGCUGAUUGCCCAUGCAUACAAUGCCAACCUCUUUGAUCCAGCAGGCGUAUCCGAAUUCAUGAAUGAUGCCAAAUUCUUUGACUUUGACUUAGUAGCAGUUGGGUUUGGCUUCCACCAUUUUGAGAACUUGCCAAUGGUCACUCAGAGACUUGUCGAUAGACUCAAGGCGGCUGGUGUGUUAAUGAUCCUGGAUUUCUUCAGCCAUCAGAAGAACGACCUAGGGCAGGACCCAGCCAACAAUACCAUUGCGCACAACGGAUUUACUGAGGAACAGAUCAAGGGGUUGUUCCUCCAGGCUGGGCUUGUGGAUGCCAAGGUCUUCGAUUUUGGGCAGGAUGUCCUGCUUAAGGGACAUGCCGUGAGACGGCCCUUUAUGGCAAGAGGGAGGAAGCCUGCUUGA